GUUUGACUUCUUGUCCAUCAGACACUGGUCUGAACGGACUCCCUGUCGUCGAGUGAAGAAGGAAACACCAGGACUAUGGGACUAUGGGGAACAUGUUGACUGAGAAAACAUGACCUCUCCUUGCACGGAUCAUGUGGACACUGUUGUUUCUUCUCUACCUGGGGACUCUGGACUUUACAGUGUCCUCCUCUCCUCCCAGCCCCGUUAACGUCGUCUUCUCCUCAGUGAAUCUCAGGAAUGUUCUGCACUGGUCUCCAGGAAACGGCACAUCUGAGGACACACUCUUCACUGUGCAGUAUGCCAUCUACGGGGACAUUGUGGAGGGAAGUAAAAGAAGACAGGUGAACUGGAGGCCUGUGUCGCAGUGUACGGACAUAGUGCGGAGCUGGUGUGACCUGAGCAAUGAGACGUGGGAUCAGGAGCAAGGAUACCACGCCAGAGUCCAUGCUUUGGGCAGCAGAGCAUCUUCCAAAUGGGUCGUGACACUGAGGAGAUUUGAUCCAAAGUUGGACACUACUCUGGGUCCACCACUGGUUUCUGUGGAAAUAGAGGGCAAUAAGGCCAUCAUCACUCUGAAAGGACCAAUGAGAUAUCAACCUAACAACCACACCCCAGUGAUUUCUAUGGCAACAAUAUACUCCCAGAUGAGUUACAAACUCUCCAUCCACAAUGUCCAGCGCAACCAGACACUUUAUUUCCCAGUGCAGUCUCAUCUGUACAAACAUCAAGUGAUGCAUCAAACAGAGUACUGCUUCUCUGCCAAGACCAGAUUGCUCUCCAUACCGAUGCAGUGUCAGUCCUCAGCCUGGCAUUGCAUCACCACGCCUCAAGACCCUGUGACUGUCCAUCUGCUGAGGGUGAUUUGGGGUAUCGUUGUUCCAUCUUUGUGCAUUUGUGUGCUAAUGGUGGUUGGCUACUUCCUUCAUAGCUACCUGAUGGGGAAAGGACAGAAGAAACCAGAUACACUGAAAACAUUAUCUUUUCACCCUCCACCGACUUUGCCUCCUGAGAGUGCCAACCUCCUUGUCAUCAGUGUCAUCAAAUAUGAGUCAGACACGGACAGCGCCAUAUCAGACACAGCACGCUACAAGAAGAAGAUGGCAGAUCUACCAGUAAGUUACUCCCUCCAGAGGCCCGAAGCACCGCUGGAGCCCGAUGAUCUUUCGGUCGACUAUGGAUUUGUUGGGAUGGCUCCUCAAAUCAAAUUCGACGGAGAAGAGGAAGCUGGAGAUCAGAGGCAGGACAGAGAUGAUGGGAAUAAUCUGCUCACUGCACACCAGAUAUGCACACCAGGAGAAAGUCAUGAUGAGAAAGAGUGGAGAGUUGAGGAUGGUCACUCUGCUGGAGUGGAGUCCUACCUUUCACAAACACACAUACCGACACACUCGCAGACACAUGCGCAUACAGAGAUGAGCACACUAGUACAGGCGCGGGCUUGGUCACAGUCGAAAUGCCUUUUACUGUCCCAAAUUCAGGGAUCCUUACUGUCUGAUCAGGGAGGAACUUACGAAGACAAAGAGUGUCCAGGUUCAUUUGUGAAUAAAACUCCACAAACCGGUCUCCUCCAUGUUCCUUUAAAUCCACAAACAAGGAUGAAGUUAGAAACUGGCGAGAAGAAAGAAGAAAAAGCCAGAGUGAGAACAAAUGGAAAGAUAGACGGAGCUGCAGAGGAAGGUAGUCAGGGCGAGACAGUGGCCCUUCUUUCUGCUUAUGCAUCCCAGAACAUGGUACAUGUGCCCAUCUCCCUCACCGACCAAUCAGAUUUCUUACCAAAUGAAUAUGGUUUUUUGAGUGUUUCUACAGCUCACAAUAUAGUGGAAGAUGAGGAGGAGGAGGAGGAGGAAGAGGAGGAGGAGGAGGGAAAUAUUUGUAUUAAAUGGGACCCUAAAACCAGGAAAUUUGUGUUUCCAGAGGUGGCGUCGGGUGGGUUGAUGUGGGCGGAGGAAGAGAGUGAGAACAGGAUGGGGGGAGAGGAGGCAUACGUAGCAAAGGGGGAGCUGAAGUUGGAGAAUGUGUUUAUCAGACAAGCGUCUGAAGAAGAGGCAGAGGCGCUGAGAGAGGAGGAGAGGGGUGGGGAAUCAGGGCGGGAUGGGGCGGAUGGAGUUUUGUCCAAAUGGAACUUGGUAAUCUCAAUGGAUCAGUAG